AGUUUCCGUAGCUCUCUGCUCUGAUGCUUCCUCUCAUCCCACUGAUAUCUGUGACUGUGAUUUAGAAAGGGGAAAUUCAUCUUCAAAAUGUGGACAACUUUCAAAUACGAACCCUUCAAGGACGAAAAUUUCGAUUACGUAGCUCAAAAUGGGAGCGACGUGUUUAGUCAAGGUGUCAUCCGUGUGUCACCCUCUGAAUGCGUUCUGCCAGCAGCUUACAUGGAAAUCGCCCUAAAGAUAAAGAAUUUCAAAGUCUAUGAAGACGAUGUUUGGGUUGUGUCGUUCCCAAAGUGUGGCUCUUCAUUGACACGAGAGAUGGUGUGGUUGCUAAUGAAGGACUUGGAUUUUCAGACAGCGAGGAACGUGGACCUGGUUGAUAGGUUUCCGUGUCUGGAAUUCAACAGUAUCCUUCUGAGAAUCCCGGAGGUGAGCUAUGCAGUGGACCUCUGCGAUAAAAUGGAGCGUCCGCGUUUCAUCAUGAGUCACUUACCAGUCGAACUGCUGCCAGACGGCCUCUGGACAGUGAAGCCAAAGGUUAUCUACGUUGGUAGAAAUCCUAAGGAUACUGCAGUAUCUUUGUACAAUCAUUACAAACUAACGUCACAUUACAGUGGUACUAUGGAAGGAUUUAUGAAUGCAUUUUUAGGAAACGUAAUUUUCUACACUCCAUACUGGAACCAUGUGUUGGGAUUCUGGAAAAAGAGGGGAGAAUCGCACCUACUUUUCAACGCAGUAGAAGAAAUGAAGCAGUGUCUUCAGGAAAUCAUCAAAAGAACUGCAGACUUCCUAGGCAAGAGGCUGACUGACCAAGAAGUGAACAUGCUGAUGGAACAUUUGGAGACGUUUCAGUCGCUGAGGCGGUUCACUGGGCUCCGGAUAGCUGCCAGCGGAGAGGACCCUUUGGGCACAGGAAACGACGACGUUGACGGUCGACUGACCCCGGACAUGUUAGCGCGUUUCGACAGAUGGAGUGAAGAGUCCCUGCAGGGUACAGGGUACACCGGGCCUGUGUAAUGUUUGACAGUAGAAUUACGGAUCGUCAAACGCCGCUUCUGUUGUUCAUAUGAGAAAUGACUACGGAUAGCCAUGACGCUGUGCCAUUUCCUUUUUUUGUUACUAUAUUUUCAGGAUAAUUUUCUCAAUUACGUAAAGCAUUUGCCAGUAUUUUAUUUAGCGUUAACUACGGCAUGUAUAAGAAAUAUGAAGGUAGAAUGUGAAAUAAAAUCUGUGCAGUUCGUGUGUAGUAACCUCGCUGUGCCAGAGAUGUACGUACUUCAUUAUUCGCUAGUUAAUUAUUCUUAGAUUUAAAGCACUGUCUCAAUGAACCAUAUUCGUGAGUAAUCCGUUAACAUGAGAUGUUUUAUGUUUUCCUUCACAAUGAACAUCUUACGUUGUGUAAACGUAUUUGAAAUACUUUGAUAUG